AAGGAGAAAGGCAAUCCGUCCUCUCAAAACCCUCCUGUGUAGAGAACACCUUUUUAAAGUCCACUCGCUGAGGUAGGCCUAUCGUGCCCUGUCCCCUUUUUGUGAUGGAACAAUUUAGGCGUUUGCUGAUGGUGUUGGUGAUAGUGAAACUUAAUCAGCUUUACAAACUUGGGGUGCAGUCCCACGGUACCGAAGACGAGCAGUUUUACAAGAGUGAAAAGGAAAGAUUUAAUUGCAGCCUCGACGACCCAGCUCUGAAGGUCAAUCAUGCAAAUCAGGACUUUCGAUUGAGGAAAGGGGGCGUGGUCAUCCACUGCUUGUCAGGGUACGCCUCUCCCUUCGGCGGAUCAGACAUACCCGUAGCCUGCCAGGGGAACGCCUGGGAAUCCAUUCCCUGGGAGGACCCUGCUCACCCUGCUUGCGUCCCUGUGUGUCCGGAAGGGUGCGGCCAGGGGCUCUGUGUUGCCCCUGGAGAAUGCGAGUGCUUCGGGAGGAGCUGUGAAGAGGUGACGGGCAGCUGCAACAAUCACUCGUCUUUUAAUCCUCGCAAUAGUGUGCUCUCGAAGGCCAGGAAUAACGAAAUCGCCCUUGUCUGCAAAGAAGGAUUUAAGCUCACCACCAACGCUGCCUCCGCCCCGCUGCUCUGUCACCGGGGCCACUGGCUCUACGCAGGCGAUAGCAAGGAAGAAGGGAUCUUUUGCUUGCCCGUGACAGCACCUCCCUGUCAGAACGGAGGAAGGGCGGUUGAGGGAAAUAAGUGUGCUUGUGACAACGGCUUCGCUGGACCGAGGUGUCAGUACAGGAAGUGUGAACGCGAUCCUCCCAAGGUCAAAUUUGCAUAUUACGAAGACGUGAAAACCGACAUCUUAGUCAAUGCCAACAACGAGAACCGUGACAACCCGACCGCCAGUGACACCAGUGACAACAACAACCCCGUCCUUGACAACAUCCCUGGCAAUGACGACCCGAACGGCAGGAGUAAAAGAAACAUCGACAAGAAGCAUUGCGAAGAAGCGAAGCCUUCCAACGAAAGUAAAAUUUAUGUCUUUAGCAAGGAUAAGGAGGCGAGAGCCAUCGAGGGUAUGAUAUAUGAUAUCGAAGUUAGCGUUGGUAUCGAAGUCAGUUUUGGUAACAACAGAAAUAUUGAUGUCACAACGGAACCUGUGGACACUAGUACUGAAAAUACUAGUACUUUUUAUGACAGUGAUAUCCCAAUCGAUAUUUAUGACACUGCCUACAUUACCGAUGACAACGUCACUGAUAUUGAAACCAGGUCUGAGGAUGUUACUGACACCGAGUAUUAUGAUUUCGGAAUUGGCAUUCCUGACAACACCGACAACACAACCAUGAUUGCAAACAACGGUACUGAGAGCAGGGAUAAAAUGCCAGUCACAGCAUUUCCCGAAUCUGGCAUUCCCGACAAUAUAAGUGACAACACCGAUGUCAUCCCUGAAGAAAGGUCUGCUGACACCCCGGAAUCUUACGACACCCAAGUCCAAAUCGCUGACAACAGUGUCACCGAGACCACACCCCCUUAUACCACGGAAACCACACCCCCUUAUACCACGGAAACCACACCCCCUUAUACCACGGAAACCACACCCCCUUAUACUACCGAGACCUCAGCCCCAUAUACGGAAGGAACCACCUCCGAGUUAAUGAGUGACAACAAGGCAGAGGAAGAACGGAGGAAAAGAGUCGUUUCUUUGAAGUACCUUGUGUGUGCUCCAGGAUACAAGGUGAAGGGCACUGGCACCACACGCCUCCUUGUCAUGUGCCAAGACGGAGAGUGGCACUUCUCUAACACUUGCUUGUCUUUCGAGGAGAUUUCCUGCGUCCCUGUGUGCUCUGUGGAAGAAGGAAGGAGAGGAGGAGAAGGAGAUGAAGGAGAAAGAGGAGGAGACGGAGAGGGAAGUGAAGAAGAAGGAGAAAGAGGAAGAGAGGAAGAGGGUGGCGAAAAAGAAGGAGACAGAGGAAGAGGAGAUGGAAGAGGAAGAACAGAAGAAAGAGGAAGAGGAGAUCGAGAAGAGGGGUGUCUGAACGGCGGGACCUGUAUUCUGCCGGACAUCUGCGCGUGCAAGGAAGGUCACGUCGGGAAGCGUUGUGAGAAGGCUGUGUGUGAUGGUGACCUGCCAGACAUAACUAAUGCUUACUUCCAUCGUAUCCUAUCCGAAGACGCGUCCGCCGAGGAUAGGAUAAUAGCUCGCUGUGUCCAAGGAUUUGAGUUCAAGGACAAGACGUCGGAACAAGAACUUACGUGCCAAGGAGGAAGUUGGAGGCUCUCUGAGGAUAUAGGAAGUGUGUGUCAUCCUACGUGCAGGGAAGCGUGCAUCCCUCCCUUGCAAUGCGUAGGAUGGGAUAGAUGUGGGCGUCCUCGAGAUUUCGUGGGUCCCAGGUGUGAUGCGGUGAGGGGCGGAGGCUGCGUCAGAGCAUUACCGGAUGUCAACAAUGGCAAGAUCCAGAGAACCGACAACGUUACCAAGGUCAUCUGUGACAAGGGCUACAGGAUGAUGAAUAACAAGACAGAGACCAUGAUCACGUGCGAGCAUGGCUUCUGGCUCGCGUCUGGCCUGCCCCACUCGGAGACGGUCAUUGACUGCUCGCCCCACUGCGAGCCCGAGUGCCUCGCCGAGCAGGAGUGCGUCGCCCCGGGGAUUUGCAAGUGCCUCCUGGGCUUCAGGGGACCGAACUGCCAGGAGAUAGACUUCGUGGGUGGCACUUGCCCUCGGGCCCUUCCGCCUGUCGACAACGCGAUCGUCAGCCCCAGCGGAAAGGUAGAAUGCCUCCGGGGAUUCACCUUCUCCACUGGAGAGACGAAAGCGCAUCUCUUCUGCGCGAGAGGCCAGUGGAUCAUGCCCUCAGAGAAGCAAGGGUGCCUCCCUCGAUGCGCCCUUGAGUGCCAGAACGGCGGUAUUUGCGUGGCCCCUAAUAAGUGCGAGUGUCCAGAAGGCUACGAAGGACAGCAGUGCCAAGUGGCCACUUGUGGAGCUCAGCCGGAAGUGCAAAAUGCCAUCCUCUGCAAUAAAGCUGCCGGUUUGACGAUUACCUGCACCAGUGGCUACAAAUUAACCACAGGAUCAAUAAGCGUGGUGAUGCAUUGCAACGACGGUUCCUGGGUAUUGCAAGGACAAGACGAAGCACCCGAGUGCGUGCCGCAGUGCUGGCAUGAGUGCAAGAACGGAGGAAAGUGCGUGGCACCCAACGUCUGCCAGUGCCAGGGAGGGUACUGGGGCAAGUACUGUGAGCACCGGAAGUGUGUUCACCCGCCUGAGAUAUCCAGUGCCAUUUUUAUUAACAAGUUAAGCCACGCCACAAUAUCAUGCCCGUCGGGAUACAAAUUCCCCAACGGCGAGACCACGUACGAAGGCAUCACGUGUCGAGAGAGAGACGGGUUUUGGGCGAUUCCCCGAGAGUACCAGUUGGCUGGGUAUAUCGCUCCUCAUCCGUCCAUCAAGAAUGCCUCUAACUACGGUUCCGUCGCCUGCGUGUUCUCUUGUGACCCGGGGUGCGAGAACGGCGGAACGUGUGUGGGGGAGAACGUGUGUUUGUGUCCUGAGGGCUUCCAUGGUCAGACUUGUGAGGGAAGGAAGUGUGAUGCCUCGGUUCCUCACGUCAAGAAUGCUGUCUAUUACCAAGAAAGCAUCAACAAGGGCCGCGUCGAGUGCCUCCCAGGAUAUAAACUCCCCAACAACGAAACAACAGCUGAUUUCCAGUGCCACGAAGGAUCUGAAUGGAGCUUUAAUGACCUCGUGUUGACCCCUACAUCCUGCGAACCCAUAUGUCAAGAGGAGUGCCACAAUGGGGGGUCCUGCGUGGCACCGGAACAGUGCCUCUGUCCCAAGGGCUUCAGCGGGAGGGCCUGUGAAGUGGACGAUCUCGGGGAAUGCCAAGAACUGCCGCGGAUUCCUCACGCGUCCAUGAACAGGGACCACGAGAAGGGCAGUGCGUUAUGCUACCCAGGCUAUAAUGUCCAUCGAGAGCGACACCUCAGACACUUCAGAUUUGCCUGCACGAAUAAAGUGUGGAAGAUGAAAGGCACGAGACAGAAUCUCCCCUUUUCCCAAACCUGUUAUAGCUUCUGCCACCAUGGGAAAGGGUGUCAGAAUGGUGGCACCUGUAUGGGUGUCAGUGCCUGCGACUGUAUGCCAGGCUUCACGGGGAAAGAGUGUGAGAACCUACUGCAGCAGGAGGAGACGUGUGGGGAGCCGCCGGUUUUGCCUAAUGCUCUUCUGCGGGAGAGCCAGGAGCCCCUAGGAAUGCUAACGGCACAGUGCCAGGAGGGAUACGCAAUGUCCUCCGGAGUAAAGGAAGUGCCUCUCGUGUGCCAGCAAGGGACGUGGAGCAGCCCGGCACCUACACACCCUAAGGAUUUGACGGAGGGAUGUUUACCUGUGUGUAAUGUCACCUGUUAUAACGGGGGCAGGUGUGAGGAGCCGAACACCUGUGCGUGUCCUGAGAUCUUCCGGGGAAACACCUGUCGGGAACUUGUUUUUGACACCUGUUCUGCUGUUGUGGAUAUCGAUGGCGUUGAAGUUUCUUGGAACGAAACAGCAGUGACCUUCUGGUGUGAGAAUGACCUGGAACUCGCCGAGAACACGAACGAGGUCACGGUAUGGUGCGAGGAAGGGGUCUGGGUUCUUCCCUUCGGCUGGACUUGGAAGCUUGGGUGUAGCAAGUCAGGUCAACCUCUCUGCUCUUCUCCCGUGCCACCUCGAUUUGCCAUCAUAGAGCAGGACGCCACAGGGACCUACGUCGUGUGUCCCAAAGGCUUCCUGAUCAACAACGAGACUUCGAGCGUGGACCUCGAGUGCCAGGGGGGCGAGUGGCAAGCAGACGUCAACAACCAGACAGUCCCCGUCCGGAAUCUCGUCUGCGUCCUGGCCUUCUGCGAGGGCAAUUGUACAGGGUCCUGUCUUCACGGAGGAUACUUGUACGGCGGGCAUUGCGUGUGUCCUGAAGGAUACUCUGGGGAUCAGUGCGAAGUGAAGGAGUGCGAGAGUAGGUCUCUGGACGUGAGGGGACCUGUGAGGACACAAUUCAUCAAGGUAAAUGAAGGUGUAGCCUACUGCCUCCCAGGAUACAGACUUUCCUCAGGGAAGACCUCCGUAGGAUUCGUCUGUCUGGACGGAGCCUGGCGCUUCCUUGAUGACUUCACCGGCCACUCCUCCCUCGAGUGCCUGCCGGAGUGCCAGGCUCCUUGCCGCAACACUGGCACUUGCGUGGCUCCCAACACUUGUCGCUGUCACCAUGGGUUCUCCGGUUCGGCUUGUUGGACUUGCAAGAACGACAACCACGUCAUAACGACCACGGGCCACCUGUGUGUUUUCCCAUUCGAGUUUCAAGGUCGUCGCCGCUACGACUGCGUCCGCGACUCCGAGAACGACCUGCCUUGGUGCGCGACGAACACGACCGGCGAUCAUAAGGUCACUUCGACGGGAAUCUGUCUGCUGGAUUUCGGUUAUAAAAAAGUGACAGUGACUGCAAGCGGCCAGGUGUGUGUGUUCCCGUUCAGGUACGCGGGGAGACUCCAUUACGCCUGCGCAGAACGACGAAACGGGGCCUUCUGCGCAACUUCGACCGACGUCAGGAAGAAUAUCCUCACGCAGGACCUCUGUAUUUCUGUAAAGGAUGAAUUUUCUCCAGCUGAAUCUCUUUUUGCUCCUUUCGAUAAAGAUGGACACAGGAAGAUAAUCAAAACAUUGAACGGAAGCGAUUGUAUACUUCCCUUUAUUCAUGGCAACAAGACGUACCACACUUGUGUCUACGAAGAAGGAAAACGCCCGUAUUGCGCCUCUGUAGUAGACGAUGAAGGAGAGCUGUUGGAAUCUACGGUCUGCACGCCACAUUCGACAGGUAUCUCAAUCACUCUACAAGGCAAGGCAUGUAUCUUCCCCUUCAAAUACAAAGGCAAGAUGUACUAUGGUUGCACAGCAGACGAUUCCUUCAAGCUCUGGUGUGCCACGUCGGUUGACUCUGGCAGGAAAGCGCUGGACUUCGGAGACUGUCCGGAUAACUGGGCAUUUGAGUACGAGCUUCCCAAGCCCUGGGACUUUAAUGAGGCGAAGCUGUGUGUUACGAUUACGUCACGGACCCGGUGUGCUAGGAUGAGGUGGCUAGUGUUAUCUGCAAUGAUGACUGUGAUGAUGAAAACGACGAUGAUGAUGAUGAUGACUAUGAUGACUUCGACGAUGAUGAUGACUAUGAUGAUGAAAACGACGAUGAUGAUGAUGACGAUAAUGACUACGAUGAGAAUGAUGAUGAUGAUGCCUGCGCUGACGACUGUGAUGCUGGGAAUAGCUCGACUGCCGGAUGUAACAGCAACAGAAAAACCGAAGGGAUUUUGGAAUUACGAGGAAACCGAGAACGAAAGAGGAAUAGAUUGGAAGGAAAGGGAAGUAGAUAUAACAGAAGAUAAUUCUCCGGGAAAGAGAUCAGAGAAACGACAGCUGGAGGUGGAGGCCGCGCAGAAACCAGAGGAGACCGAGUCAGUUUGUCCGAGAACGCUGCCUGUGUUUCCUCACGGCAGACUGAUCCCCAGCAAAACCACGCCUCGCACAGCAACAUUAACCUGCGCUCCAGGCUAUGCACUCAAUGACGUCAUUAAUGCCACUUUCCGUCGCGCUAUAAGGACGGAAUUCGCGUGCCAGAACCAGAAAUGGGUCCCUGUGGAUGGGGUGCCAAAGAAGUGCCUACCCGAGUGCCUGCCCGAGUGCCCGAAGGAUGGACGAUGCGUGGCACCGAAUGUGUGUCACUGUGGGGACGGAGAGUGCCACAUCACGCGUGGUUGUCCUGCGCAGGUUGAUUUACAGGUUGAAAAUGCGUUGAGGAUUGUGCCAGGAUCCAUCGGUGGCGCUCUGGGUCUAUGCAAGCCAGGCUAUGAAACAAAACCAAGACUGUCCGAAUUCCUCGUACCUUGUGUGGAUGGCAAGUGGAUACAGCCGAGGGAUGAGGAUGGGUCCCUUCUUACGUGUAGGCCUACGUGCUUCCCGCCCUGUCUCCAUGGGGGUACGUGCAGAGCUCCUGGAAAGUGUACGUGUCCAGAGGGUACGGAUGGACACCGUUGUCAGUACUCCCUAGUUGACGAUGGGGAGUGUGGAGAGCCCGUGGCGUCUGAGGGAAUGGAGCUGAUCAAGUGGAGCAACGACAUGUACGGCUUAAGAUGUCCCGGUAACGAGGCAUUCCCCGGGCGUCCCAUAGGAGCUACGGUCGUCCUCGCUUGCUCGAACGGCUCCUGGGUUUCUCCGGAAGGGGCCGGUUCGUCGUCGUUGGUCUGCGGUCCCUUCUGCGACAGGCCGUGCAGCAACGGCGGCACAUGCAUAGGCCACAACGAGUGCCAGUGCCAGCCGGGUUUCGGAGGUCGCUUCUGCCACAUCAAGGAGUGUCCGAAAUCUUAUCCUGUAGUUGAACACGCUGCCUAUUCGGAUAACGGGAAAGACUCCGAUUCCAAAGAAUACAGGCGCUACAUCCAGUGUGAAGAGAACUGGUCCUUACCGAGCGGACACUUGGGCAAAGCGGAGCUCCACUGCUCCAACGGCCGGUGGGUGGUUCUAACGGAAACCCAGAUGGACAACGAAAACCUCCGCUGUGUCCAGGUGCCGUGCGACCUCGAGUGCCAGAACGGGGGCCAUUGCCUGGGCGAGAAGUGCCAGUGUCCGGAGGGGGUCGAGGGGGACCGCUGCGAACACCGCCUGUGCUCUCCGUCUCUGCCGCGUCUUGAGAAUGCUUGGCUGGAUCAGAGCCGCUUCCCCCAACUCCUCUACAAGUGCUUGCCGGGACACAUCUUCCCCUCGGGCCUAACGGAAGAUCAGCUACGAUGCGUCUUGGGUUCCUGGACCUUCGAGGACCACGGGACCGAAGUCGAGGACGAGGAAAUCGAAGGCUGCUUUCCCGUGUGUUCGAAGAAAUGCCUCAAUGGCGGUUCGUGCUGGGCUCCGGACAAGUGCAAAUGUCUCAGAGGCUUCACGGGAAAACAGUGUGGAGACGUGGUCGAGGUUGAGAACAACUGUUAUUAUCCGUUGCCGCAAGUGCUCUUUGCUGAGAUAGUUUCGAGCGACACCCAACCCAUGAUACAAUGUUACGAAGGCUAUAGAUUACCUUCGGGGAGAACUCAAGCGAACUUCAAGUGCCAUAUUCACCAUUGGAUAUUAGAAGGCGAGACGGGAAACAGGGACUUUCCUCUUGCUUGCUUGCCUGACUGUGAUGGCACAUGCACGGGGAAUGAACAGUGCGUUGCUCCAAUAACAUGUGGUUGUCGAUUCAGUGAAAUGGGCAGUGGUUGCGAGCAGGUGAUUGAAGGGUUCCAGUGCAAGGAGGAGGACCUGCCUGUUGUUGCAAAUGCGAUUGUAUGGAGCUACGAUGCCACCGUCCACUGCCUCAAGGGCUACGAACUGAAACCCGGCGGUGGCACUCGCGCUAGACUGGAGUGCCACGGAGGAGUAUGGACGCACGCUGUCUUGGAAGAGGGCUGUGUCCCCCAUUGCUCCGUCCAGUGCCAGAAUGGGGGCGUCUGCAAGGCACCGGGGUUCUGCGAGUGCCAGGACGGGUACUAUGGAGCGGAGUGCCAGUUGGUGGAGUGCGAGGGAGUGCCACCCGCCCUGGAGAACAGCGAUGUGUGCCACGAAAAGGAAGGAAAAGUACUCAAAUGUGCUUCCGGUUACGUCAUCCAAGGAGGCCAAGAUAGGGUGGCUCUCGUCUGCACGAACAAGGCCUGGUCUCUGCCGGACGCUGUCUGUGGCGCGUCUGCAUGCGCCCCCGUGUGCCGCCCGCCGUGCAGGAAUGGGGGAACGUGCGUGGCUCCUAAUGUCUGUGAGUGCCAAGUAGGCUUCUGUGGCACUCACUGUGAGGGUGUCAGCUGCGAUGCCAUCCCUAAGGAUAUCAUGAAAGCUCAUCUUAAAAUCAGCGAGAGACGCCUGACAGCAGAAUGCCCGGAGGAAAGAAACUUCCCUCUCGGCGAAACAAAACUCCACUUCCACUGCUUCGACAACUGUUGGCACUACCCUCACCCAUACCGCCAGGGGGACAACAUCGAGUGCCAGGCUCUGUGCCACCCUCCUUGCCUAAACGGGGGAACUUGUACAGGCAGAGACGUGUGUUCUUGUGCCAAGGGUUUCCACGGGCAGCGGUGUGAGCAGGAGGCGUGUAAGGGACCCUUGCCGUACAUUGAGGGGGACCUCGAAUUCUUCGAGUCGAAAGUGCACGUGACCUGCCUCGCCAGCACAGGCCCCGCCACCUCCUACUGGAUCGAAUGCCAAGAGGGAUCCUGGAUCAUAGACGACCCUGAGAAACACUCCCUCUGUCACCCUAACUGCCCUUCACCCUGCGAGAACGGAGGGACCUGCACGCCCGAUGGAACGUGUCUUUGCCCCUUAGGAUUUAAAGGAACGGCUUGCGAGGAGAGAGAGAGAUUUUCGAGGUGCAAACAACCUCCUGCCUCGGAUGACUUUGGUGACAUUGUGCACGCUUACGAAGACGGAAUACUUAGAUGCCACGAGAACUACACGCUCAGCAACAAUAAAUCUUGGACGCGGCUGGUGUGCCAAAAUGACCAGUGGCUCUACCCCGACUUCCCCGGUGAAACAGAUGUGAAGUGCCAACCGCAUUGCCCAGAACAGUGCUUGAACGGGGGCAUCUGCGUGGCAUUCCAGACUUGCAAGUGCCACAAAGGAUUCUUCGGUGCCCAGUGCCAGAAUUACACCUUUUGUGAUGAACCCCCACUCGUGCCGCCUAAUAUGGUUGCCAAGUUUAGAAACGCCACGUCUUACACGGCCAAAUGCUCUCCUGGAUUCACCUGGAAUGACCUCCUAUCCCCCGCCCUCCUUAUCACCUGUGAGAGUGGCGUCUGGGUCAAAUCUCACCGGCACUCUUGCGUUCCCAGUUGCCCAAAUGGGUGCCUGAAUGGUGGCACUUGCGUUGCUCCCAAUGAGUGCCAAUGCCAGGAAUUCUUUGAAGGGAAACAGUGCCAGACGUUGAAGUGGGGUUCGUGUUCAGGACAGGUUGUGUGGGAGAAUGUUUUGGUUUCUAGGAGCACCGAGGGCCUACAGCUACGAUGCAAGAAGAGACACAGCUUCCCGUGGACGAACGCUCCCGUGGUCACGCUCUCCUGUUCCCAUGGCAACGGCAGCUGGCUCACCCCCGCGGGAUGGUCCUGGGCGCGGGAUCCUUGCGUUCCCGAGUGCCAGCCGCAGUGUCACGGGGGAGGGACCUGCAUCGCGCCAGACCACUGUUUGUGUCCGAAUGGGGUUUCGUCCUCCCAGUGUCUUCCCCAACGUGGCUGUUUGCGCAUGCCCGAAGUGGCCAAUGCGACGUCGGAAGUUAUAUCCUUGCAUAUCGCCAAGGUGACCUGUCGGCCGGGACAUGCAACAGAUCAAGGCCUCAAAACCUUCUUCAUGAGAUGCCAUCAAGACCUGUGGUUCCAGGUCGGCCAAAACAACAGCACAGAAGACCAGGUCAGUUGUCAACACCAGUGCCAGGCACCGUGUCUGAACGGAGGCUCGUGCGUGGCUCCCGAGAAGUGCCACUGCCCCCCUGGUUUCGCUGGGGAGAGGUGCCAGUACCAUGCGUGUGGCACUGUGCCUCUCAUCAUCCACAGAGCCAGAGUAGACAUCAGGGGCAGAGCGGCCGCCAUCGCCUGCCUCCCCGGCCACCGCCUGCCCUCCGGCCGCGAAGCCACGUCGGCGCGCUGCAGGAAAUCCGGAAGCUGGAGGUUUCCCGCCGAGCUUGCAGGCCACAUGUCUGCCUCCUGCCUGCCGUAUUGCAGCCUGCCUUGCCUCAACCGCGGCCGCUGCGUCGCCCCCGAGGAGUGUCUGUGCGCGGAGGGAUUCUUCGGAGUGCAGUGCGAGCAGCGAUACGGCGAGACAGUCGACGGUCAAGAGUGCCACUUCCCCUUCCUGCACGAGGGUCACUGGCACUACAGCUGCACGGUGGAAGGAUCGCCUCUCCCUUGGUGCGCCACAGCUGUCAACGAGCAGAACUUGGUGAUUCAGUGGGCCGUCUGUGUGGCGUCUGUAGGCAAAACAAAAGUCGUGAGAACAUCUUGUGGGAAGACGUGUAAAUUCCCUUUCCAACACGAGGACGAAGAGCAUGGCAACUGUAUCAUUACUCAGGACAGCUGCCAUCCCACCUGCCCGACGGAAGUUGAUGCUGAUGGCAACCCUACUGAGUGGGGCGUUUGUAAUGCUGAUCAGGGACUGCAAGAGGUAGUCCUUACAGUGAGUGGCAAGACCUGCUUGUUCCCUUUCCUGUACAAGAAGGAAUGGCUCUCAGAGUGCGUCGAAGGAUUGCAAGGGCCAUGGUGUCCUACUUCGCUCACGGAACAAGGAGAGCCACUGGAUAAUGAUACUUGUUGGUUGGAUAAAGGAUACCAGAGGGUUGAAGUGACCGAGGAAGGGCGGCCCUGCGUCUUUCCCUUCGCCUACAAGGGGAUGAGACACUAUACCUGCAUAGGAUCAGGAGAUAUGUGGUGCGCGACGAAGGUGGGGGAAGACCUGCGUCCUCUGGCUUGGGGCAUGUGCGCAGGGCAGGGAGAGUACAGAGAUACAGUCUGUCUUGAAUAUGAGCAUCAUGAAACAGAUAAAGAAAUCAUGCAUUAAUGAUGGAGAGAAGAUGGCGACGCCUACUUAAUAACGCAAGAAAUAACUAAUUAGUCUAGAUAAGCUCUGUUAGUAAGAUACUUCCGGUUUUGCUGAUACUCUGAAUAUCAUAAUUUGAAGUAUUAGUAAAACUUUCUGAAAUUCAGAUUUUCAGGGGAUGCCGGGAGAUUGAUGAUAGCUUUCAGAGUACUGGUUUUUUAUUCAAUUUACAGAUACAGGAAGUAGAUAGAUUUACAAAUUGUGUUAAAGGUUUCAGAUUUACAGGUUACGAGUUACAGGUAUCAAUUUACAAGAUGUAGAUAUGUUUUAUUUACAGUUUACAAAUACACUUCUAUCAUUUAAAAAAUAAAUACGCCUGUAAGAUGAAUUGUUUAAUGAUGACAGGCAUUUUGGCAAAAGGAAUCAAAUUAAACUGAGCUUGUUGAUGCAUCUAAUAAAAGUAACUGAAUGAAAUAUUA